UACGAGUCAUGUCGUCACACACAUCGACCUCUACAAAUUGAGUUUAUUGACGUCAAGGCGCAGCUGAACUCCGCGCGCGACGUCACGGCCCGGGUGCCGCUCGUCAUCGGCCCCAUGGACCAGCAGGGCUGCAAGGAGGAGAUGGACGCCAUUGAGCAGGCCGCCAAGGACGCGUCGCACGUCGACCCGAACAACCCCAUGCUCCCGGCGAGGAGCAUCAUAUUGGCCAACGACAGGGAGGCCCUCCACACGCUGGGGUUGUGUAUCGUGGGGGGCCAGAAAAAGCCGCUCAUCGAGUGA